AUUCACUUCGUAUCGCGCGCUUCUUUCCUCCCGAAAAAUAACAGAACAGAAGAGAAAAGAUAGUGUGUGUGCCUGAAAUACCAUCAUCUCUGGUGCUUUGCUCUCCUCAUAUCUCUGGUCGUUUGUCUCCGAAAUGGGAGCGGAAAAUAGUAUCGAAUAAUGAUGAUUACUGGUGGAAAUUUAGUACUUCAGUUUGUCGAGAUAGACUGGCUCUCUUUCUAAGUGUUAUUGAAAGUGAAAAUUCCUUGGGAACCAUUCAGUGAUUGGAAUCCAUGAGUUUGCUAUCCUAUGACCUUUGCUUAUGCUAAUGAAUUAUCUCACUUUUUGUCCAAUACUUUUUGGCCGGUGUAGAAUUAAAAACACAUAUUUGGUUAGUCAGAGUGAUUACAACAUAUCUCCUCUUACACCAUCUCAUCAUCAAAUUCAUCCUUCUCGCGUAUGUUAAACAAUGAUUUUUUUGUGAUGUUAUGUGUGAAGAUUUCACUGCAGUGAACUGAAAGAUCUUCUGGGCUUGAGUUGAGUUGAGUUGUGAAAGCUGUGCGAAUUUGCAAAGAGAGGACGAGGAGUAUAAUUGUGAGUUAUGGUGACAACAAUUAAGAUAACAUGCGACGGUGUGUGCAUUCAAUCAAAUUCUUACCUAACGAAUUUGCACUUGAGUGGCGACGUGCGGAACGGCGCGAAGGAGAGUGACAAUUGUCCAGUGACCCGAGUGAGUGCGGUCAAGAGUGUGGAUCAGAUUGACACGCCGCGGAAGGGCCGCGCGAACUUUCCGCCGAAAGCGCAUGUGUACUUUGUGAGGAGGCUGUCGAUAGUUGCGGGCGAAGAUUUCGCCCAGAGAGUGAUCAAGGAGUCGCCAGACGCACCAGCAGCGCCUCCAAAUCUUGAUGGAGAUCUGAAGCGACGACGAUCGGAUAGGAAGCAGAUAGUGGCACGAAGGAAUUCCAGUGGAGCGACUGAGCUGGUCGUAAUGAAUAGUCACGCGACAGCACUGAAUUUGCAGUCAUCUGGCCAAACAGCUGUUGUCGGUCACCAUCGUGGUUUCUCUCAGGUUUCAGCCGGCUCUGGCGGCGGCUCCACAUCGGGCGACUGUCCAUGGUUUAUGGCGGCUCAUCAGAUGCCACCGACAGCACCACUGCGCCAGCACAAGCGUCCAGCUCCCCAACCGGGUGUCAUUCUCCACAGUCAGCCGCAGCCGAACGCCACCAAGCAUCUUCCGCAGAUGUCAAAUCCUCCGCCUCAGGUGCCGCCACACUCGAAUGUGCAACAGAAUCAAAACCCCAUUCACCUAACCAAUCACUUGCACGCAAAUCAGCAAAUAACAGCGGCCUCGAAUGCAGCCCACUCGCCCAAGUCACCGAAUCUCCAGCCCAUGCAUCCGCACCAGACAAUUCCACCGCCAUCGAGCGCCUCCUUGGCCGCGUCGAAUCUCAUGUCAACGUCUCUCAACAGUGUGCAGUUGACGAGCCAAAUAGCCGGCAAUGGAGCGCCGCCGCCCAAUCACCUGUCCGGCCUGGCUGUGCUGACGGCGUCGGGUGCCCCGGCGCCCAUGUCCAUGUCCUCGUCGCACAGCGGCAUCGUGUUCGACAAGGCGAGCGCCUCCACGUGGAACAGCGCAUCUUCACUGUCGCCCACGGUGCCAUCGAAUCAGAAAAAGUGUGAAGUGAAAUUGAAUGCAAUGCCAUGGUUCCACGGGAGCAUAACGAGAGAUGAAGCGGAACACUUGCUGCAGCCACGCGAGGACGGGCUGUUUCUCGUGCGGGAGUCGACAAAUUUCCCCGGUGACUACACACUGUGUGUGUGCUUCCAGGGAAAAGUGGAGCACUAUCGCGUGAAGUAUUUGGAGAACAAGCUGACAAUAGAUGAUGAGGAGUACUUUGAGAAUCUGGGUCAACUGGUGCAGCACUACGAGAAGGACGCCGACGGGCUGUGUACGCAGCUGAUAAAGUGUCUGCCGAAGAAGGGCAAGCAGGAGUUCUGCAUCAACUCCAAGGACUUCCUCGACAAGGGCUGGGUUUAUCCGGAGAGUGACAUUCAGCUGCGCGAGAGCAUAGGGAAGGGGGAGUUCGGCGACGUGAAGCUGGGCCUGCUGCGGGGCGAGAAGGUGGCCGUGAAGAUGCUGAAAGACGAUGGAGCUGCUCAGAAAUUCCUGGCGGAGGCCUCAGUUAUGACAACGCUGGAGCAUGAGAAUCUCGUGAAAUUCAUCGGCCUGGUAUUCACCAACAAGCACAUAUAUCUCGUGACGGAGUACAUGAGCAAGGGAUCUUUGGUGGACUAUCUCCGUUCGCGGGGUCGACAGCACAUUACGCGGAAAGAUCAAAUUAAUUUCGCAUUCGACACAUGCUCGGGAAUGGAGUACUUGGAGUGCAAGAAAGUGGUCCAUCGCGAUUUGGCGGCCCGAAAUGUGUUGAUUUCGGAGAACUGUGUGGCCAAAGUGUCUGAUUUUGGAUUAGCACGUGAGGAGUGCUACAAUCUCGACGUUGGCAAGCUGCCAAUUAAGUGGACAGCGCCAGAGGCACUAAAAGGAGGGCGAUUCUCCAACAAAUCCGAUAUGUGGAGUUUUGGGAUACUUCUCUGGGAAAUUUAUUCAUUUGGACGAGUUCCAUACCCGAGAAUUCCACUGGCGGACGUCGUGAAGCACGUGGAGGUUGGCUACAAGAUGGAAGCCCCAGAAGGUUGCCCACCGGAGAUUUACGAGAUGAUGCGUCAAGCGUGGGACCUGAAUCCGACAAGGCGACCAAAUUUUGGGGACUUGAAGGUGAAAUUGCUUCAAUUGAAGAAUGCCACCACGUGAAUGUCUACUUUGAUAAGCUCUUAUCCAUCUGCAAACUGUGCAGACACGAUUGAAUGUCUGGCGGUGUGAAUUGUAUUCAGUUUGGCCGUCGACACGGAGAAAUUUUCAGUCUGUGGAGGAGCAAAAGAGUGAAAUCUGUGCCACGAUUUUUUUUUUAAUUUUCUUCACGCUGUUUUGUUUGCACACUGUAAAUCAAUUGCAAGACAAUAUGCAGACCGGCUCUAAAAAAAUAUAUUCAUGUUUGCGGAGAAGUGCAGAAAAUCAAGGAAGGAAUUGACAAUCACAUAAUCUCUGUUUAAUCCAUCUUUUACUUGACAGACAAGUUUUGAUGUUCGUUGCAACAUUUAUGUCUCAUAAUCUCUGCGUUAUCACACUGUUAAGAGGGUGUUUUGAAAGACGUUUUAAUUAAUUCAGGUGAAAUUUUCUAAUUGCCUCCAAUUAUCUCGUGGCGAAUUGAAGGAGAAGCAAAAAAGCUAUGCAAAACUUGUGCUGCAGAUCAAUAUGAAAGUGGAAUUCACGGCAAUAGAUGAGUUAAUCGUGUUAUUAAGACAUUAUACAGUAAAAAAGAUGGCAAAAUUAUUCAUAAUCACAGCGCGUGGUGUGGCAGGAAUGAUGAGAAAUUAUUCAAGUACUGACAUCUCUCCCUAUAUUUAUAUUUACUAUUUAGUAAUAUAAUAUGAUAUUCAUAUUUGUAACUAAUAUAUACAACUUAACACGGAGAAUAGAAAGGAACAUUACAAAAAAGGAAGAGUAGGAAAAGAGAGUAAUCAUUAGAGGUAUUAUAGAUUGUAAUUCAUGAAGUAAUGUUUUAGUGCAGAAUAUGAUGAAAUAUUUUUUAGACGAUCAUAUAGAGAAAUAGAGUCACUGCAAAUUGUGUGUUUGGGUCCCACAAAAGAGUUCAAAGAGGCAACAAACAGCUCGAAUUACAUGUUUAUUUUAUUAUUUUACACAAUCACCACAGAAAUUAAACCGAAAAUCAUUUAAUGCAAAUAUUCUGGAUAUAUUCGCAGUGAGAAAAAUGAUGGUUUUGUGCACAAAUUGCAUGUAAAUAGACGUCACACGAUGAAUACUGUCAAUGGAAGAAUCAAAUGAUAUCAGAAAGAAUGAAUGGAAUCUAAUCUCGAAAAGUGUGACAAAAUAAUCAAAUUGUUUUCGUCCAAUUUAUCAGAACAAACACACAGACAAAAUGGCAGAGAGAGAAAGAGUGGAUUUUGCAAUGUAAAUAUUGACCUUAUGGAGCACUUGUGAAGGAAAGUGCAGAAGAGAUGAAAUCAUGAGCAAAACAUUAUAUCAUAAAAUACUGUAAAUAUCAGCAUUAAUAUUAGUGGACAAACUUUUUAUUAGUGACUAAAAAGAUCAUGUUUUUGUAACUGCAAUUUAUGUAGGAUGAUAAUUUCUAUGUUUAGCUAAAGGAAAAGAAAAUGUUUCUGUAAUGAUUAACAAAGUGGCGAAGAGAUGAUUUUUAUGAGGAUAUAAUUUAAUCAAUUUAUGAUACAUUUGAACCCCUUCCCAAAUCUCCAAAUUAGAACUUAAAUAUAAAUUAUUUAUUUUGCUGUCUUCCGUGACGCGAUUAUGAGGAAAAUGAGGUGGAGAAAUAUAUGGUGAAAUAUUGAAUUUUGUGCAAUUGACAAUUGUGUUUUAUAUGUGCCGCUCGAGAGCAAUAUAACCAGUUAAAUAGAAUUGAAGGUAUUCAUUUUAGAGGAGAUCUGAUGGCAAAAUUAUUACAUUUUAAAGUGUAGACGAGAAAUUUACUGUAAUUCUACAACAUGAUAAACAUAAAAUAGAAGUCUUGGCAUUUAGAAAUUUUUGGGUGUUGAAGAAAAAAUGGCAAAUAAAUUGAGAAAAUAUAAAGGAAAUGUGAACAAAAUCGUAGACAAGUAAUUUACAGAAUAAUUCCAUGUAUAAUUUUAGUGUUGAUGAGGCAAAAUUAUUGGAAAAAAGGAAAAAAAAACUUUGAUGAAAAAUUAUGUGAGAAAAUCGAUGCGUUAUAAUUGCUUAAAGCAAACUUUUUUUUAUAAUUUGACUUAGGACAAAAUGAGCAGAAAAGAACUACUUAAAUAGACGCAAGAGGAGAUACUUACAUUUACUAAAUACAAUAAUAAAAUCUAAAUCACAUGUUUUAUUUUAUGAUUUCUGUUUAAUCUCACAACGCUUUUUCUUUGGUGCGUGAACGAGUGUAUCGCACAUUAACAUUCCUUGGGGAAUUAGAACCUUAUUUUUUGCAAAUUGUUAUUGAAUUGCGUCAACUUCCUUUUCUUUUGUAUUGAAUCAAGCAACAACUGAAGGAAUGAAAUUCAUAGUAAACUGAGAAAUAAACAAUCUCUUGGA